AUGGGCGAGGCGCAGCGUCGAGUGAGGCGCAGCGACGGGGGAGGCGCAACGAUGGGGGAGGCACAGCGACGGGUGAGGCGCAGGGACGGGGGAGGCGCAGCAAUGGGGGAGGCGCAGCAACGGGGGAGGCGCAGCGAUGGGGGAGGCGCAGUGACGGGGGAGGCGCAGCGAUGGAGGAGGCGCAGUGACGGGGGAGGUGCAGCGAUGGGGGAGGCGCAGCGGCGGGGGAGGCGCAACGAUGGGGGAGGCGCAGCGACGGGGGACGAGAUAAUGGAGGAGGAUGUAGAGUCAGCGAUCAAGGAUGGAGGUCCAUGGGGACGGAGUGCUGCCACACUCACAGUGCUGCCGCACUCACAGUGCUGCCGCACUCACAGUGCUGCCGCACUCACAGUGCUGCCGCACUCACAGUGCUGCCGCACUCACAGUGCUGCCGCACUCACAGUGCUGCCGCACUCACAGUGCUGCCGCACUCACAGUGCUGCCGCACUCACAGUGCUGCCGCACUCACAGUGCUGCCGCACUCACAGUGCUGCCGCACUCACAGUGCUGCCGCACUCACAGUGCUGCCGCACUCACAGUGCUGCCGCACUCACAGUGCUGCCGCACUCACAGUGCUGCCGCACUCACAGUGCUGCCGCACUCACAGUGCUGCCGCACUCACAGUGCUGCCCCACUCACAGUGCUGCCGCACUCACAGUGCUGCCGCACUCACCGUGCUGCCGCAUUCACAGUGCUGCCGCACUCACAGUGCUGCCGCACUCACAGUGCUGCCGCACUCACAGUGCUGCCGCACUCACAGUGCUGCCGCACUCACAGUGCUGCCUCACUCACAGUGCUGCCACACUCACAGUGCUGCCACACUCACAGUGCUGCCACACUCACAGUGCUGCCACACUCACAGUGCUGCCACACUCACAGUGCUGCCACACUCACAGUGCUGCCACACUCACAGUGCUGCCACACUCACAAGUACCGCGCGCAGCUGUUGGACUACCUGCGCUGCGAUCGCGCAUGCUGGCCAUAGCGCCCGUCUCAGCCAUAGCGCCCAACCUGACGCCGGUGGUGGGCGUGAUCGUGGGCGCGCGUCUCAUCGCCAUGCUGGCUCCCUCAUGA